UUGACGUGCUUGACACUUGACAGAUCUGCUGGUUCACAAUUCACAUGUGUUUAUUUUUGUAAUAUUCACACUUCUAAUGGUUAAACAUUUAAUUUAUUUUUGUGAAUUUUAUAAAACAAACAUUUGUGGAAAUGUCUAGGAGACCCGAACACCAAGCUCCCCCGGAAGUGUUUUAUAACGAAGAUGAAGCUCGAAAAUAUACACAGAACUCUAGAAUUAUAGACAUUCAAGCACAAAUGACAGAAAGAUGUAUUGAGUUACUGUUGUUACCGGAAGACUCUCCCUGCUUGCUCUUAGACAUUGGCUGUGGUUCUGGACUCUCAGGCUCUGUGCUCGAAGAAAAUGGCCAUAUGUGGAUUGGAAUUGAUAUCUCUGAAGCUAUGUUAGAUGUAGCAAUAGAAAGGGAAAUAGAAGGGGAUGUAGUCCUAUCUGAUAUGGGCCAAGGAGUUCCUUUUAGACCUGGCAGUUUUGAUGGAGCUGUCUCAGUAUCGGCCCUUCAGUGGUUAUUUAAUGCUGACAAAAAAUCACAUAAACCAGUCAAAAGAUUAUACACAUUUUUCAGCAGCUUAUAUGCAUCACUGUCUAGAUCAGCAAGAGCAGUAUUUCAGUUCUACCCAGAAAAUGAGAGUCAAUUAGAGUUACUGACAUCACAAGCAAUGAAGGCUGGUUUCUAUGGAGGUGUUGUUAUAGAUUUCCCCAAUUCAGCAAAAGCAAAGAAAUUCUUCUUAGUACUUAUGACUGGUGGGGCCGCACCUUUACCAAAAGCUCUAGGUACAGAUGAAGGGGAUGACAACAAUCUUGAAAUAAAAUAUGCAAGGCGAGAAGCGUCUAAGAAAGCUCGGGGUAAACCAUUAAAAAAUACAAGAGCUUGGCUUUUAGAAAAGAAAGAGAGAAGACGGAAACAGGGCAAAGAAACCAAACCGGACACAAAAUAUACUGGAAGAAAAAGAAGUGGCAGAUUUUAAAUACCUAUAUUUAUCUAGUUUAUAAGAAUAUAAAACAAAUUUAUUGAA